AUGACAAGUUCAUAUUCGAUUACUAUUCCAAAAACUAAUCUCCGGUUAAAAAAAGUAUCAGAUUUUACUACUGGUAUAUUUAUUGAUAAUUCUGGUUCAACCUCUUCUCAAUUAGUUUCAAUAGGAAAAAAUGUUUUACAAGCUGAAUUAAGUAUCUGUCAAGCUACUGAAUUUAAUCAUAUUAUUCUUUGGAAUACAUCGGCUAAAUUAUGUACAAAUAUCAAUUCAGUAAGACCAGAAGGUGGUACAAAUCCUACAGCGAUAUUUCAAAAUGAAUUAACUAAAAAAGCAUUCGAUCAAUCUGAUGUUAUUGUAUUUGUUACCGACGGAGAAAUUGAUAAUAGUAGUGUUACUCAGUUUGCAACUCAAACAAAAGAUAAUUUAAAUAAAGCAUUAGUUAUCUGUAUUAUUGUUCAUAAACAAUUACCAUCACCAUCACAAAUAAAUAUAUCUGUUGUUGCACCAUUAAUGAUGACUUCAAAUGUUUUAUGUCUUUAUUAUGAUGGUGAAGUGUUUUAUAUUCUUUCAUCAAAAGGUUAUAUAAGUAAUUUUUAUAAUCCAUCUGAAGAUUUAAAUGAUUAUAAAAAUUUGAAUACAUUAAAUAUAAAUGAUUUAUUUCAUAAUAUACAAAUCUAUGAAUAUAGAAAAAUUCCUGAUGGUUGUAUACCAAUUCGUGAUAAUGAAAAUGAAAUAAUUGCUAUUGAUUUUAAUCAAUUAUUAAAUACAAAAGAUUUGAAUAAAAUUCUUGAAUUAUCAGAAAAUGAUUGGAAAAUAUUAAUUCAAUAUGGAAAAAUCGGUAAUAAAUUAAAUGAAUUACGAACAUUUGUUUCUCAGAUGAAAAAUCAAGCAAUAGAAUUUGAUAAAGAAAUAUGUAAAUUAAAUUUUAAUUUUAAUUAUUCGAAACAACGUGAUGAAAUUAUUUCCAAAAUUGUUACAUUAAAAUUAAAUGAAAAUGAAUAUACAAAUGAAUUAAAUCAACUUCGUCAACAACUUCAUGAAAUAUCUGAUCAAGCUAAAAUUGAAGAAAUUCAAUAUCUUAAAUAUAUCAAUGAAAAUCUUCAUAAAACACGUCAAUAUUGGAAUAAUAUUCAAAAUUUAAUUCAUGAACAAGAAAUAGGUUCGUAUUCAAUAAAUGAUUUUACAUUUGCAUCAAAUCGUGCUAAUCGCGCAAAAAUUUUAACAACAACUGAUGAAGAAUAUUCAAAUAUAACAAAUAUAUUAGAUCAUACAAAUGUUCCAUUAUUUGAAUGUGCAAUUUGUAUGGAACAAGGACCAUUUGUUCUUUGGUUAAAACAACCAACGAAUAUUGAUGAUACAACAAAUGAUUUUAUUAUUAAUUUUCCAUUAGAAGGAAAUGAAAAUUUACGUCAUUGUAUUGUUUCAAAUCCAGUCUGUGGUUUAUGUGCAAAAUCUUAUAUGAAUGCAACAAUGAAUAAUUCAAAUCAAUUAAUAACACUUUAUCGUGAAUCAUGUACGGGUUUUAUUCCAUUAAAUUGGUCAAUUGAAUCAAAUAGAAAAUAUAUAAAUUAUACAUUAUUUCAAAUUUUAACUGAAAAUAAAAUUCUUCCUCAUGUUCAAAUGUUAUUUUUAUCUAUGAUUGAUGAUUAUAAAUCGAAUUGGUUUGAUCAACAAAUAAAAGAUUAUCUUUUAAAAGAAAUUAUUGAAAAUAUUUAUACAACUGAUUCAUUUUCUGAUGAAGGUAAACGAAUGAUAUUCCGAGAUGCAUUAAAAGAAAUUGUCAAACAAGAAGAUAAACUCUUACGACAACCAUUUAAAGCUGUUUGUAGAAUUUUAAAUUUUAAUUAUAAUUUUCAUCAACUUGAUCACGAUAUUAUUGAAGUUAUUUUACGAAAACGUUUUGCUCUUAUGUGUAUUGAAAAUCAAUGUUCAAUAACAAAAUUUGGUCCUGAACAUUUAAUUAUUGUUAAACAACAAUUAUAUGAUAUUCUUUUCGACACAUUAUGCGGAAUUCCACUUUAUGGUUCAUUAAAAAAAAUUAAUAUUAAUGAUGAAAAAUUAAAAGAAUUUUUAAAAAAAUCUUAUUCAACGUUUAGUAAUUCAAUUGAUAAACUUACUACAAAUAUCGGUAUUGAUAAAACAACAAUAUUUCCUAAUGAAAUUGUAUCAUUUGUUUUAUAUCUUUUAACAACAGUAACAGUACAUGAUCGACCUAUGAAAUUAUAUAUUGAUUUUAGUUUAAAACAUCGACCAUUACGAGAUAAUAUGCAAAUAGAAUGGUCAGAAUUUGAAGGGAAUGUUAAUAAAAAUAUUUUUGGUAAUUAUCAUUUAAUAUCUGCAGUAUCAAUACCUAGUUAUGCAAUAAAUCUUGGGCCAUUUUCUUGUCCAAGUAAAUUAUUUUUUAAUACAGAACCAUUAUGGGAUAAUAAUCUUGAAAAUAAAAAUAUUAAUAUAGUAAUAUUAAUGAAUCAAUUAAAAAUUAAUCUUGAUAAUAAAUUAAGAGAUUUAUAUGGAAGUUGUGUACCAAAUAAUUCUAGUGCGCAUAUUCUAUUACAUCGAAUUGUUGCUGAAACACUUGAAACUAAACAUGGAAAUGAAGAAAUAAUGAAUGAAGAAAUGAUUAUGAAUUGUAUGAUUCGUAUAGGUCAAACAGGUGGAAGAAAAGGAAAUAUUUACGCUGAAUAUGUUUUUCCAGUGGUUGUUUUAGCAAUUGAAAAUUAUUUAAAAUUUCGUCAAAUGACACAAAAUAAAUUUCAGAUUAAUGAUGAAAAUUUAUCACGUUCAUAUCAAUAUAAAAUUUUAACUGAAUUACUUGCAAGUGGAAUGAAAUAUAAUGAAAUAACAAAUGAAGUUUUAUUUGAACCAUCGAAAUUAAAAGUUCCACAAAUGCUUACUAUUGAAAAUAGUAAUAUCAAUUUUAAUGAAUUAAAAAAACGUGUUCAAGAACUUUAUAUUACUUCAACAAAUAUCUCAAAAAAUAAUAAUAAUAAUCAAACAUGUUUGAAUAUUGAAAUAAAAGAUUUUAUUGAAUUUGCUUACAAAAUGAAUCCUGAUGAUCUUUUACCAGUAUGGACACAAGAACAACAAAAUAUUGUUCAUUCAAUUAUUACUGAUGUUGAUCAAAUUGAACAACCAUUAAAAUAUGUAGCUGGAUUAGAUAUAAGUUUUGUUAAAACUAAUGAUAAAGCAGUUGCAUCAAUGGUUAUAUUUGAUUAUGAAACAUUGAAUAUAGUUGCUAAAAUAAGUGUUAAUUGUAAUAUGAAAAUACCAUAUAUUGCAAAUUAUCUUGCUUUUCGUGAAGCACCCGUAUUUAUGAAAUUAAUUGAUAUACAAAAAGAACAUUGUCCACAUUUAACACCACAAGUUAUUUUAAUGGAUGGAAAUGGUGUUUGGCAUCCACGUCGUGCAGGUAUUGCUGCACAUUUUGGUGUUUUAAGUAAUAUUCCAUGUUUUGGUGUAUCAAAAAAUGUUCUCUAUGCUGAUGGUAUUACACGUGAAAAAAUUGAAGAUUUAUUAACUGAAAAAGCUCCAAAAGAAGAUCAAUAUAUUGAAGUUAUUGGUGAUAGUGGAAACGUUCUUGGUUUAGCUUAUAAUGCAACUGGAUUUGUUAAAAAUGCUGUUUAUAUCAGUGUUGGACAUAAAAUAACAUUACCAACAGCUUGUAAUAUAUUCAAAUCAGUAACUAAAUAUCGUAAUUGUGAACCAAUACGACAAGCUGAUUUACUUAGUAGAGAAAUGGUUGCUAAACUUACAUAA